UGCGAAAAUGGCUGAAAGUAAAGGUGUGUUGUUAGCAAAGUCCGUACAAAAACACGCAGGUCGUGCUAAAGAAAAGAUUCUCCAGAACUUGGGAAAAGUCGACCGGACGGCUGAUGAUAUUUUUGAUGAGCAUUUAACAAACUUCAACCGGCAGCAAACUAAUGCCAAUCGACUGCAGAAGGAAUUCAACAAUUACAUACGAUGCAUUCGAGCUGUCCAGACUGCAUCGAAGACCCUGAUGGAUGCCAUAUGCGAUGUUUAUGAGAACCAAUGGGCGGGCUCAGAGGCGCUGCGCGCUCAGGUGGCGGCAAUUGAGGUGCUGUGGCAGGACUUCUCGCACAAACUGGGCGAUCAGGUGCUGAUACCACUCAAUACGUACACGGCGCAAUUUCCUGAGAUGAAGAAGAAGAUCGAGAAGCGCAACAGGAAGCUGAUUGACUACGACAGCCAGAGGCAUUCGUUCCAGAACUUGCAGGCGAAUGCCGCCAAGCGCAAGGAUGACGUGAAGGUGACAAAGGGACGAGAGCAGCUCGAGGAGGCGCGACGCACGUAUGAAUUGCUGAAUUCAGAACUCCAUGAUGAACUUCCGGCUCUGCACGAUUCUCGAAUUCUGUUCCUCGUCACAAAUCUACAAACACUCUUUGCUUCCGAACAAGUGUUCCACAAUGAAACCAACAAGAUUUAUGCAGAAUUGGAAGCUAUUGUUGAUAAAUUGGCGACAGACUCACAGCGCGGAUCUUACACCCUCAAGAAGGCAGUUGUCAAUUCCACUCCGUCCAGUCCACAGCAGCCGACAAUCAAGGGAAUGGUGAAUUCAACGCCGGCAAUCAGCAACAAUAGCUAUCCAAAUACAACAAUCACGAAUGGUUCUGCCAAUGCCAAUAGUCCGUCCUCUCCAGCGAGUGUCGGGGCGGAAGAAGUGCCGGCGGACAGUCACCGGGAGGCGCGCGAAAGUCCGCCCUCGCCGACGCUGAGUGGGAAGAAGGCAGAGAGCGCUCAGGGCAGCGCCGAGGAGCCUUCGUAUCAGAACACGGAGGCCAUCCGGGCGGCGGCGGCGACGGUGAUUGAGGACAGUGAGGCGAACGCGUUGAACGCCAAUGUGGCGAGUGACGCAGUGGCGCCGGCGUCGACUGAGGAGAAGAGUGGCAAGACGAGGUCCGCGGCGGUAACCGCCGAUGCCGCGGAUGCAAUUGAAACUGUGAAUGGGAAUGUGGAGAAGGUUAAAGAGGAUGCGGCUGCAGCUGCCAGUGCUGCAGAUCAAACAGCCACGGAUCUUCCGCCAGGAACUCUUUAUCGCGUGAAAGCCACAUAUCGAUAUAUCAAGGAAGACGCUGAUGAAUUGAGCUUCGAAGUUGGUGACAUCAUAAGAGUAAUUGAAUACGAUGAUCCCGAAGAUCAGGAGGAAGGCUGGCUGAUGGGCAUGAAGGAGAAUUCUAGUGAAAAAGGUCUCUUCCCUGCCAAUUUUACAAGGCCUUUGUAAAAAUCAAGCCAAUACUUUUUUAUAUAAACAUAUUGUGAAAGGUCAGAUUAUGUACACCAGAGAGAGAGACAAUUAUUGAGAUGAAAUCGCACAGAAUUGAUGAAAAUCAGUCUGUUUUUACAAAUCCGUACAAUUUCAUUGAUCCCAAAUUCUGUGCGAAGCAUGUUUUUUUUUUCGUCAUUUCUCGAUCAUUAAAUUUAAGCUGCGUGAAAACUUUAGGACUUCCAGUGACAGAUAAAUUUGCAAGCAUCCCUAAUCAUCGUGUGCAUAUUACAAGCGAUUUUCACACCUUUGUCGUGGAGGAAGAGAUCAUUUUUAUUCGUCUCAUUUGUAAUGCAGAUUUUUUCUUUUUGUUUUUAACCAACUAUCUUUAUCAGUUUCAUUUUAGUGCGUGAUGGGUUCUUGUAUUAUUAAUUGUUAUAAAAUUCUCUUCUUUAGAAUCCAUAAGAAAGGAAGUGCAGAAGAAAUUUAGAUAUGAUUGAACAAUUAACUUGAGAAAAAUCAGUACAGCAAUGGAAGUAAGAAAACAAUGUAAUGAGUAAGUUUAAUCGAAGAAAAAAAAAAUUGAGAGAGGGCCAAAACAAUACUACAAAAAGUGCCUUUGCUACAGAAACUUUAAGUAAAAUCUAAAUAAAAUACGCGGUAAAACCAUAUUAACGAUAUUAUAUUAAGAGUAUAAAAUCAUUUUAGUUUACUUUUAAUGUCUCCUUGUCAUUUUUGUGUCAUAUAAAAUAGUGGAAAAGAAGAGGAAAACUGAACGUUGAAGGGAUUCGAGAGUAGAUUUUAUGUGAGAAAGUAUUAUAGAGAGAGAGAUGAUGAUGGAAAUGAAAAUGAAGUACUAAUGAUUAUAAAAUCUGAAUCGCGUUAUAAUUGUAAAUAUUUAUUGAAUAUUGAAUGAAGGGAUGGAAGACAUUAAACAGAGAAAAACGGAAAUCAUCACCAAUUGGAUGAUAACAACCAGCAAAUGUUAAAUUCAGGCUGCCAAAAUCUACUAAAUGAAAGCUUAUUGCACACGUUUCGAAAGUACAAGUGCAUGUAAAUAGAAUCCCUGCUUGGAUAUUUAUUAGGUUUUUUUUUAUAAAGAAAGGAAAUUGUUCUUGAAGCUGGAAAAAGAAAAUCCACGGCAAUUCCGCCCAAAAUCAACACAAUUACUGCUUAUCAGUAUAUCGGAACUGUUGAGGUGAAAAAAAAAUGGAAAGACAGAGACGAGGUGAGAAGAAUGUCAAGAAAACUCAUUUAAAGAAAGCAGAAAAUAUGAUUUGUCAUUAUUAUUCAUUAAAAAAAAAACACAAAAAGUACCACAUUAAUUUAAUGCGAAACCGUGUGUAA